CAAACCAAGAUGGCGGCCUCCACAAAAAAAUGAAACGAUUUUCGUGCGUUUUCUUUCGCGUUUUCUCGCCUUUAAAGUGGAUGGAUGCUGUGUUUAAAUGUGUAAUUAAACACCAUGGGUCGUUCUGAUUACGAAAGCGAAGAGGAGAGGAAAAAGAGAAGAAAAAAACGCCGAUCUCGGUCUGGUUCUCGGUCCAAGAAACGGCACAGCUCUUCUGACGACGAUCGGAAGAAACACAGCCGUAAACACGACAAGAAGAAGCGCUCCCGGUCCCGUAGCAGGAGUGCAUCCAGCGAUCGCCAUAGAAAACGUCGGUCACGAUCCAAGUCCUCUUCACGGAAACGGAGGUCAAGAUCAAGGUCAAGGUCAAAGUCACGGAGGCACAGGUCAAGAUCUAGAUCAUCGUCCAGAAGCAAGUCAAAGAAAUCUCACAAAGAGAAGAAGCACAAGCGGCGCUCUCGUUCCCGUUCCCGCGGUUCCUCCAGACGCAGGUCCCGUUCUCACUCCAAGUCUCGGGGCUCGUCCAAGCGCCGCUCGCGGUCCAGAGAAGCCUCCAGCAGCCGGGCAGACAAGGACUCUGCUGUGAAGGAGGAAGAACUGACAGCACCAGAGAGAGUGAAACAGCAGCUGAAGCAGGCUUUAGAGUCAGCAGUUGUGAGUGACCAGAUCAAGAAAGAAGAGGAGAAACAAAAGACUCAAGUUGACCUGUCAGGUACAGAACAGAUCUCCAGACUCCAGGCUAUAGGAGAGAUAGACCAGGCUGGGUUCACACCUGCACCGUUCAAGUCUAGCCGGACAGACAAGAAGGACUUGAACGAUGAACAGACCCAUGAGUCAGCUAUAUUUGGCAGCGGUGUGGUGCGAGGAGUGAACCCCAGCAGCCAGACCCUGGGUGAUGUGAAAACUUUGCCCUUAAGUUCUGCCAUCAAGUACCGCGACACGGACUCUGUCUUAGCCCAUGAAAAUUUGUUUGCUGACCCAGAGGAGAAGGAGAGACACUGGCUGAGGAAAAUGGUGGAGCUGAGGAAGCAGAGGCUCAUGGGAGCUGAGAGCUGAUACUGCAAAGCAUUUUGGGAUGGCAUGUGCAACAUGAUUGUGGACAUUUCUUUAUCUUGUAACAUUUUCUGGAAAAAUCAUGAAAUUUCAUGAAUGACAGAUACACGCUCGCAGAUUUGGCAUAUUGUCUGUAAUUAAGAAAAA